UCACGCACCACGCUGGGCUACUUGAUUUAAAAUUGGUUCGCGAAGCUAGGAGUAAUAUUUACGCUUUAUUGUAUUUAAAUAUUAGUCAUUGCAGCCUUAUUUCUAUACUAUUUGUACUUACAACCGUCUUGUGCGUUUAAAUUUGAUGUCGUUAUGACGACAAAGUUAUUACUGUAUUGUCGUUAGCACUUUUUGCUAACCCAAAUUAUACCAAACGUCAUUUUAGUCCAAAUUAGCCUUGGGACAAAAUGUCGUCUUUUUUCACAUUUUGCAGUACUUUUUGAUAACAUAUGUGCUCAUUAGUAUGAAAAUUAUAACUCUGAGUAGGAGUGCCGUCGUAAUUGAAUCUCCGAGCAAGUGUCAAAGCUGUUAAAGAGGCUGUUACCUCGGUACAGAAGUGUGAAGAUUCCUGUCGUCCUCCUGCGUGUUUAAACACUGAUGGCUGCAGAGAUGCUUUCUUUUGUUUCCUUGCAGAUCAACUGCAAGAUGAACUGGGACCGCCAGCUGAGCUCCAUCCUCUCUGCAGCAGACAACAGCGUGGCCAAUAUGAGAGGGCGAUUGUCCUUACUGGGGAACUCAAGCAAAAGGGAAGAAGAGUUCUUCCCUUUCAGGGAGAAGAUUCCCAUUUCAGAUUUUGACAGCCAUCCCAUUUGGUCUCCAUCACCUGGUGCACGGCAGCUUCUUCCAGUCAGUCCCGGCGUCCAGUGGGCGGAUUUAGCCUCCAUCCAGUCUCAACUGCAGACACAAAACCAGGCGAUUGAGUCGCUCAUCAAGAAAGUUGGCAACAUGGAACGAGAGAAAGAGUCUCAGCAAUUUCACAUCCAGACGCUGCAAGCGGAGGUGGACCGAUUGCGUGAAGACCUGAGAGGGAGGAGAAGCGAGAAGGAGGACUUUCUAGGAGUGGAGAGAGGAAUGAGAGACGGAGCGGUCACCUUUUCGAAGGAGAGUUGGAGCUCCAAGGUGUGCCGAGUGGAGUUGGAACACCUGAGCAAAGAGGUGGACCAGCUGAAAACUCGGCUGAGGAGGCAAGAAGAAGCGAUGAUGCACCAGGAGAAAGAGGCCCGUGAGAGCCGGCGACAGUGCCAGCACGGCCAUGAGAUGCUCCAGGAGCUGAUUGACAGCUACAAAGCUCACAGUACAGAUCUGGCCAAAAGUGCCUUUGAGUAUGCGCAAAAAGAGGUCCGCCACAUCAGCGCCACUGUGUCCGAAUUGGAAGGCGAGGUCAGGCAUCUGCAUAAGCUCCAAGCCGCGAUACCAGAAAUUGUCCCAGACGGCUCGCCCAGGCUCGGCAGAAGGCUCAAAGUUGAAGAGGUCAGGCAGUACUCAGACUCGGAGGACUUCAGCCCGACCGUGAGCCUGGCGGAGAUCAGUUCAGAUCUCUCACUGCUGGAUGACCUGCCUCCUGAGCGUCCAAGUGUUGGUUCCAGAGUAAAGUGUGAUUUCCUAGAGGUGGAGGAAGAUGACGACUAUGAUGACAUCCUGGAUGACGACAAUGACGACGUGAACCCAGAGUUAGGGUCUGACUUGAGUCUGACAGAUCUCUAAAUCUCUCUUUUUAUGAGGUCAGUGAUUGGAAUGUACGAGGAACAGUUUUGUGUUAGUAAUCAGCAGGUGAUUGCGAUAUAUGGUUCCCAGGCUAUAUCGUGGUUCAUCGUUCGGACUGCUGGUGCAUCACGAUUUUUUUCUUUUCUAUGGGUUUUUAUGGUAUACUAACUGUAAUGCCCCUGCAUAUGGGAAAGGAGAACCAUUGUUAUGAUGCACCUAUCAGCCAUUUAUUGAACGUUGGGAGAACAGUAAAACAGAGUGAGCAAAGUCACAUAGAAGUUGCUGUCAGCCACAGCGCUCACCCAGACACUAGCACACAGACUCCCAGACGUCACACCGGCCCUGCUUCCUAAAGGCACGUAUAACAUAGAAACUACAAUAUGUACUCACCGAUGCAGAGUACUGAUACCAUUAGUAGCGUUGAUGCAUAAAAUUUCAAUUAACACAUUGAUAGAUGAUGGUGUACAAAGACCUUCUGAUGCACAUGAUGAUUCAAUGUGUCAAACCGCCGCAAUGUAGUACCAACUACUGGUGAGGAGGACUUACUCAAUGUCAGAUUAUUUUUGCCGUAUCGGUGGCUGGUAUCUGCAUACUUCACGAGUAUCAUACUGUCAGAGAAGUUUCUUCAAAACAACUGAGACAAGCCUGAGGACUGUAUCGAAGUGAACUCACACCAACCAAGAUUGUCCUUUUCUGCUCGCGAGGGACAGCAGAGCAACUCACUGGAAGAGUGCUCACCAAGUCUGUCAAAGAAUUGCUGCCCCCGUCCGCUGUUUAUUUGAAGCAAAGCAGGAUGCAACAAAGUGGAGCUUUACUGAAAUGCGCAGGUGCACAGGAAAAAUGCUUAAAUCGUUUCCUGUUAUUCUAACAGUUUCUAACAGACAGCGUAGUUACACGUCUACUUGAGUAAGUGUGAACCAGACAGCUUCCUUGUCUCGUCCACAAAUCUGCGUUGGCGAAUUUCUACAAAAUGUGAAUAUGCUUUAAACAUGAUAACUAUAAUAGUAAUGAAUUAUUUCACACAUACUAUAAAAAAGGUGGGUAUCGUCCUGAUACCGAUAUCUGUUAUUGGUACUUGCCCAUCCCUUGGUGAAACGCUUUAAAAAUGGUUCUUAUUUGGUCUUUUUAUGGCACAGAUUUUCACCUAUUGUAGGUGUAAAUGUAAACACAUUGUGAGAGGGCUUCUGAAGUCAUAUGGAAGCUCCCUUGCCCCUACACUGUUCUAAAUAAAUGAUUGGAAUACAGGAGUAGGCGAGUUCGGCUUUCCUUAACAUGAUUGGGGGGCUCAUUAUCUCUACGGCAAGAGUUUGUCUAACAGCGGGCUGGAUCUCGCCGGCAAGUGCGGUGCACUGUUUCCCGUCUCUCGUGUUGCUUGGUGGGUUGGCUUUCGCCGGCAAGUGUAUGCGUAACAGUGGACUGGAUCUUACAGUUGACUGUCACAGUAGGCUGGAUCUCGCUGGCAGGUAUGCGUUUUCCAGAUGCAAUUUGGCUAUAUCUUGUUCUGCGUCGCUCCUCAGAUUGGCUCUUGUCAAUUUACACAAGUGUAUGCAUAAUAGCGGCUUGGAUCUUGCGGGCAAGUGUAUGCGUAUCAGCAGGUUGGAUCUCCGAGGCCGUCUCCUUUUUUCACGUCACUCGACAGGCAGGUUUUUAUCUCACCAUCUAGUGUAUGCUUGACAGCGGCUUGGAUGGAACCAGCGAAUGUAACAUUAGGCAGGAGCUUUCUUGCCAAUGUGUGCAUUACGGAGAGAGUUUAGCUGCCUCUUCUUCCGUGUCCCGUUGUCAUCUCACUGGCAAUUGUUUGCAGAUCAACGGCAUAUGUAACAGUGGACUGGAUGUCGCCAGCAAGUGUUGACGUACCGCCCAACGUUUGGCCGUCUCUCGUCAUGUCGCCAGCGGUGUAUGCGUAGCAGCAGGCUCGCUCUCACGUGUAAGUGUGUGAGGUCUGAACUGCAUUGGGCCAUCUCCCCAUCAGCGUUGCUCAGCGGACUGGCUCGCUUCAUCUCAAGUACAUGCAUCACAGUGGGGCGGAUCUUGCUGGCGAGUCUAUGUUUAAGAAUGGGCUGGAUCUCUUGCCAGAAAGUGUGCACUGCAGCUGGUAGCUUGCUUCUACUUGCAUGAGCAGAGAGUGAGGAGAAAGAGAUUAAAAGUAAAGAGAUUAAAAGAAUUUUCCCUUUUGGAGGCAGCACUACAUCCACGACUACACUGUGUGUAUGUGGCACAUGAACACAAAUGUCUGAUUUGUCGGCACUGACAUUAAAGAAAGAAAAUGCAGCGUUACAUCUCAAAUACCUUUUAAUAGUAAUAAUAAUAAUAGUCCAUAGUCAACAUUGACCAGCAAAGCCUCACAAUGCAACGAUAAUGCAUUUGACACUUCAAUCGAUAAACACAAGUACAUCAUUUUAAAACGUGGACUUCCACAAUGAUUCAUCUCAAAGGGGAAUGCAUCUUUUUGGAGUAUUUAUAAAUUAAUCCAUGCACUCAACAUCACUAGUAUUUACAAUAUGAACACUUCAUAAAGGCCACUGCUCCAGUCGUAUGUUCACGUCAUGGAAAUUAAAUGACUAUAAAUGUUUAAAAGGCACUCUUACCUGGACUGUAAUAGGAGGGGGGGGGGGGGGG